CUUCAAAAAGUACUAAAAAAAUCCUUAAACUUCAAUUUUUGGGACCAAUUUUGUCCUUCCGUCAGUUAAUUGCUGACGUGGCAAAAUUUUCGAUUAACAAAUUCAAUUUUUAUUAAUAUUAAAUAUUACCUGAAAAUAAAAUGAGUGAUGUGGCAUUUUUAAUUAUAAAACUAUUGUGAUUUGGCACAAAAAUAUAAUUUAAUAAAUAAAAAUUUCUUUUCUUUCUUUUUUUUCUUUCCUUUUCUUUUUUUCUCUCCUUCUCUUUCCUUUUCUCCUUCCCCUCCCUACUGGAUCUGAUAUACAUUUGUAAAGGAAUUGAUUUUUUGAAUCAGAUCUAUUGGUCAUUAUUAUUAUUGUGCGAGGAACCAAAUUUGAGUUCUAUUAGAGAGGAGGUUUGUAGAAGAAGUAGAUGGUGAUUGGAGUGGUAAUAAAUGAUCGGAACAACGAGGGAUGAUCGGUGUUGAUUGGGUUGCAAGAUGAGAAGACAUCUGAGGAUAAAGAAAGACAAGAGCUCCAAGUAUGGUUGCGUUACGUCUGUAUCCAUCCUGACACAGGCAGCAGUUGGCUCUGUACCAGAGCUUGGGAAUAUACUCAAUAGCUUCAUUCUGUGCUUGUUUCUGUACCUGUCUCCACCGGAAAUUUGCAAUUUGUCCUGGCCAAAUCGAGCGUUUAUAGGCACCGCGUCCUUGGAUUUCGUGGAGGAGGCAAAGUAAGCGUCUGCUUAUUGGAAGUUGCCAGUGCUUUCUUCUUCACAGAGAUCAAAAGUGGAGCCAUUAGGAAAUUCUUCUCUGGAUUAAUCCAAGAACUGUGAGUCAAAUGGGAGAUUCAAGGAAUGGUCAUAUUCAGCCUGCUUUUCCAGUUUGCACUUCUUUGGUUUGGCAAUUGUUGGAGACACCAAGGCAAAUGUUCUCAUUAUGUUGCUAUCUUUGCUUGGUUGUCAUAAUUAGCGGCAGAUUGGAUAACCACUGUUGCCUUAAGUGUACUCCUCAAGGUCAAAGUGAAGGAGCUAACCAGCGAACUGGUUGUGUU